AUGACAACGAGGAAAGCCAGCAGUGUGGCGGACACGGUGACUACCUCCUCCACCAACCACCAGCAGCACCAGUCGAGGAGCGGGAGUCCCAACAGCGGCGUCCAGGCGUCCGAGGCGGCGGGCGGAGGGGCGGAGAUGUUCGGGGAAUUUCAGGACUGGUGCUUGCGGACGUACGGGGACUCCGGGAAGACCAAGACCGUGACCCGACGUAAAUACCACAAAAUCCUCCAGACCCUGAUCCAGGGGGAUGAAGAGAACAGCAACGGGGUGUUCAUGCACGAGAAAAGCAACAGCCACAUCAACGCCAAAUUCAAAUUCUGGGUCAAGUCCAAAGGCUUCCAGGUCGGGACGCUGCAGGACAGCAAGAACGGGUCAUCGGACCGACCGGUGCUGUACGUCCCCAUCAAGGCGACGUGUGUGGAUGGAGUCUCGGGGAUGGACUCGUCCCUGAAGCGUGUGGCGGUGGUGGAGGAUUUCUUUGACAUCAUAUAUGCCAUGCAUGUGGAGAUCAGCACCGACCCCAGCAAAGCCCCGAAACACGCCGGCCAGAAGAAGACCUACAAAGCUAUAGCCGAGACCUACGCCUUCCUGCCCAGAGAGGCGGUGACCCGUUUCCUGAUGAGCUGUGGAGAGUGUCAGAAGAGGAUGCACAUUAGCACCACAGGACAGGACUACAAAGAGAACGACAGGCCGAGCUCUCUGGUGCUGGAGGUGAUCGACUACAACAUGCCUCUCACCACCACCUACAUGAAGCACAUGAAGCUGCAGUGUAUGAGCAACAACAAGGAUGACGGUUCACUGAGCAGCGAGGAGGAGGCAGAGAUGAGCGAGCCCACAUGGCUCGCAGCUGAUGUGGGAGCAGCGUAUGACCUGAGCUCGCCAAACCGAGGAGAGAGGAUGCGCAAUAGUCCCCAGAACACACACAGCAAGGAGGAUGACGAGGAUUCCUCGUCAGAGAGCGGCAGUGGAAAUGGCCUACCUGCCCUGACCCCUCCCUCCUCCACUGUAACGGACAGCACCAUAGUCAGGGAAACAGAGGUCAUCAAUGGGAACGGUGGCCCAGCCCCACUCGACUUCAGCACGCCUACUUCCUCCUCUUCCUCGUCCGAGGACCAGCAGCCGAUGAACCUCAGUGACCCUCCCCCUCAGCGCCUGCCCCUGUCCUCAUCACAUCUGCCCGUCACUGUGUCGACCGCGGCUGCGGCGCUGCUCGGAGCUCUACAUCCCAGCGCGCCCGAGGAGCUCCGCAGGAAGUACCCACUGGCUGCCAAACCUCCCCUGGCUCCACACCCUGCCCUGCCUCUCCCACUGCCGCACAUACAUAAUGCACACACUCCCAACACACACUCCCAGUCCCACACACACACUGCUGAGCUGCGAUUGGACCGAGAUGGCAGGGACUACGGGGGCAAGUCCCCCCAGUUCAGUUCGGGUGGCAGUUACGACAGCGUGAAGAUGGACUUGGGUGCUGAGGACCUGACCACAGGGCGCCAGGGCGCCCCUGAUGAUGAUGACGAUGACCAUGAUGACCACGAUGACAACGACAAGAUCAACGACACAGAGGGAGUUGACCUGGAGAGACUAAAGGCCUUUAAUAUGUUUGUGCGUCUGUUUGUGGACGAGAACUUGGAUCGGAUGGUUCCCAUUUCUAAACAGCCCAAGGAAAAGAUCCAGGCCAUCAUCGAGUCCUGCAGCAGACAGUUCCCAGAAUUCCAGCAACGCGCCCGCAAGCGCAUCCGCACCUACCUCAAAUCCUGCCGACGCAUGAAGAAGAGUGGCAUGGAGACCCGUCCGACUCCACCUCACCUUACCUCAGCCAUGGCUGAGAACAUCCUGGCUGCCGCCUGCGAGAGCGAAUCACGCAACGCAGCAAAGAGGAUGCGCCUCGAUGCCUAUCAUGACGAGCAGAUCUCUCUGGACAAGCCGUCCGGUGGUGAAGGGGGUCUGAGGGAACCGGCGUCCUUGGCUCACUCCGCCUACUCCUUGGCCGCAUCCGCCUUCUCCUCCCAGGACUCCCAGCUCUACAUCAACGGAGCUGGCCUUAGCUAUGGUUACCGUGGAUUCCCCGGCCUGGGCACUGCCAUGCAAAACCCCGUUUCCCUGACGACCGGCGCUGCUGCUCAGAGCAACGGCCCCACAGACCUCAGCAUGAAAUCUCUCUCCUCUGCCAACAUCAGUAACUCCACCUCCUCAGCCUCCACCAACAACAGCCUGGGUGGGCGGGGCAGCGGAGGUGGAGGAGGGGGCGGGGCAUCGACACAGCUCAGCCAACCGGAGAUCACAGCCGUGCGUCAGCUGAUUGCCGGCUACAGGGAGUCAGCCGCCUUCCUGCUGCGCUCGGCAGACGAGUUGGAGAACCUCAUCCUGCAGCAGAACUGAUUCAGGGGGAACAUGGGAGAACACACACACACACGAACACACACACAUUUCCCAUUAUGUUUGUUUUGUGUCCGUCUGCGUCCCAUGUCUCUCCUAAACGAAGCAGAAUCCCCAGACCUCUCGUUUUUGCGGUUCCCUCCUUCAGAACCUGUGGGCACUAUUUAUUUUCUUGAGGAAAAAUGUGGGAAACUGGGAUAGAGGGAGGAAAACCAAUCCCACCCCCCAUCCCCAAAACAAUCCCCCACAACCUCAAGCCAUCGAUUCCAUUGAUUCUGCCUGAGAAAAAGAACAAAUUAGAAAAAAGGAGCAUUUGGUCUCUGAAGGAAUAUCUUCCUCACCUCUCUGGAAGCACCUCACAAUCAGCACUACACUCUGAGCAAAGGAGAGUGGAGGAGAGAAAGAGAGGAGGAGGAGGAUAAAAGAGGAGUGUAGCUUGGACGAAGAGUGACUGUAAGGCUGUUGAUUCUGCGGCUGUGGCUUCAGAAGAAAAAGACUUUGCCUCGUUGUGGAUGGAGAAGCCAACGGCAUCGAUCAUAACAAUUAAAAAAAUAAUCAAUAUUGACUCCCUGAAUUCGUACUACUGAAGCUUAUUGUAAUAUGGCGAGUGUUUUUUAUUUUAUUUUAUUGAAGUUUUUUAUUUUUUUGGAGUCCAGUGAGCAUUUUUUUGUUUAUUGUUGUUUUUGUUUUGUACUCUUCCCAAGUGACUGAAAGAAAGCAAAGCGGUUUGACUUAUCUUGACGGAUAGCACUAAAUAUGGAAAAGACUUUGAGACCGAAGGGGCGACAGGAUGGAAACUGGAAAAGAAAAAAAGUUAAUGUUUUGUUGAAAAAAAGAAGAAAACGGAGGAGAGAAACUUGUUAUGCUCGCUUGUAUAUAAGCUCUCUUUUGUCCUAUAGCACUUUUUCCUCACCUGAAACCUCACCCUAAACUCCCCAUCCUCCUCACCCCGUCUACCCAGGGAGGAACUUGCUAUUUAUGCAUCCAAAACGCCAUGUGGACGACCAGGAAAUACCUCAGAUCAGACCUGCCAAUUCCAUUUUCAUUCGUCACACACACAUACACAAACGGAUAUACACACACACACUCUGCAAAUGAAUGGUAACAUUCCCACCAGAAGCCAGUAGACUUCUACUUUACCACCUGAUGUCUUCACGGAUUAUAUAUUUUGGGGCGAGAAUCAAACUAUAUUGCACAAAAGACCUGCAAUAUCGAAAAACUAUGAAGCAUUUCAAGAACUGAUGUAAAGAAACACUGAAAUCGUUGAACUUUAUUCUUUUCACCUGUGCAGGUUCAUUUGUGUGCUGCUGUAAAUAAUCAGUUCAUCUUGAAAACUUGAGAAGAAUCAGAGUUGGCAGGUGUGUGUUACUCCGGGAGGUGAUUUACUCCUUAAAGGGGAGGGGGGGGAGGGGUUUUCUUAAAUGUAAGGGGGGUUCAAUGUUGACCACUGGUGGCAAUCGGACCUCCCGCUUCUACUUUCUUUUUUUCUUUUUUACAAAUGUAGAUGUAACGCCAACGAAAACCUCAGCAUCAUUCUGUUUAAAACUCCUCACCUCCCUCGCUACUUCUUCUUCUUCUUCUUCUGCUUCUUCUUCUUCUCUCCAUUGGACCUACUCUUCACCUCUUCUUCGUGGACCUAAACACUUCCUCCUCCCCUCCCUGGUCUACUCCAGGUUUCAGAGGAAGAGGAGGACUGCUCUGUCUUACUGUGUGUGUCUGUUAAACUUGGAGAUGGCCAUUGUUAUUAUUAUUAUGAUUAUAAAGAUGAACUUUCAUGUUGCUGCUGCUAUACAAAAAAUGGACCUUCUGCCAUAGACCUGAAACCUCAACAAAGCCGGGCGUUAGCUAGCCGCAGUGCCCCGUGAAAACUCGACCGACCUCCUGCGACCUUGACUGCAACUCGAUCACAACAAAGCAAAAGGAACACAAAGACUCACAGGAGGACUUGGUGAAAACACUCCUACCUUCAUCCGCUCCCCGUCCUGUCUCUCAGACUGGUUGGUUGGUUUCUUUGCUUUUGCUUCAUAGGGCUUGAUUCAUGAUGUGUUUUGUGACUGUCUGACUGUGAAUACUUCAGAACUUGUUUCUUUCAGUUUAUUCCCAUAUGUUCUCCCUCUGGAGGAAACAGGAAGGGAUGUUCUCAUGGAGCCUUGCACCUUCACUGUGGUACUCUAUAUCAGGCCAACGAUGACACACUUAGAGCACUCAAUGGACAACAUGGUCCAGUUUGUAAGACUGAUUUGUUUUAUGAUGGAUGAAUAUUAAUUUGAUUCCCAAGGAAAGAGAGAUGAGGUGUCACUGAAUUUCUGCAGAUACCUUUUAAAAGAGAAAGUAAAUCCUUCAUCUUAUGGCAUUUAGCUAUGUUGAUAUUACACCUUAUGAAGGUUGUUUUUGUUGCAAGAGCUGAACAUUAUAUGUUUAUAAUAUUCCAGUGGACCUGUUGACCUGCUUAGAGUUCAGCCACAGCCUCUUUGUUAAGGGAAAAGUUUUACAUUUGGGGAAAAUGCUUAUUUGCUUUCUUCUUUUGAGUUUGAUGAGAGAUUGAUACCACCUUCUCAUGUGAACGUUAAAUUUGAAGCCCGAGCAGUUGAUUAACUUAGCUUAGCAUAACGAGUGGAAACUGAGGGAAACGGUGAGUCUAUCUCUGUAAAAAUAUUGAGACAUUCCACCUACUAGCAGCCAUAAAGCUUACUGAUUAACACCUUAUUUCUCUUUUUAAUUCUCAAAAAUAAAAAAUAGAUUUACGGGACUAUUUUUUAGCUAUGAGGAGUGACUUCCUGGAGUGACUUUGAUGUUGUUGACCCCCCCACACCCAUAAAACUACAACUAUUAAUUGUACUGACAUGUUUUAGGAAUUAAACAAGCAAUAUAUAAUGUCUUAAUUAGUCAGAUGUUACAUUCGGACACGGCCAGGCUAGCCGUUUCCCUCUGUUUCCAGUCUAUGUGCUGAGCUAAGCUAACCGUCUCCUGGCUCCAGCUAUACGUGCCGUACAGACAUGAGCGAGGAAACAAUCUUUUCUCUGCAGCAAAGCAAAACGUGAAGCUCUUUCUUUUCAGAGUUGUGACAUCGUGAGGAGCAACUCUUGUUUUUGUUCACCACUACUUAGUGUUGUCUCUUGGUAGCCUACAGUUGCUAACAAAAAAGCCAAAUUGAUUUGAGUUGCUCAAAGCUUCUGGUUUUAUCCAUUAACACCUGAAAAUGAACAGAGAGACAAACGUGACUUCUAUCCUCCCGAGGCUGUGCUCUGUGUUCUCUGCUCCUACUGUGUUUUCUUCUCAGUUCGACUGUCAUGUCACCCAGAUUUGUUCUUUUUUUUCUUUUUGCACACCGAGCGAUGUCAUCCGUGAUUUGAAGGGGGGAAGU